UUGCUGUGAGUCCCGUGUGAUUACUAUUCCCCCGGCUGCUGUGAACAUUGCAGUGGAGUCGCCAUGAAGCUCUGGAUUCUCCUGCUGUUUAGCACCUUGCUAGUUCAUCAGACACACACCUUUGAGUUUGUGAUUGAAGGUGAUUGGGACGACGAUGAGCCGGAGCCACAGGAUGAUCCACAGUCUAAGGAGGGGGUUCCACACUUUAGAAGAAAGAGGGCCAUGCUGGUCAGUGAGGAGGAGGAAGAUUUUGAGGUGUGUGUGUGUGUGUGUGUGUGUGUGUGUGUGAGCGUGUGUGUGUAUUUAUAUGUGCAUGUGUGUGUGUCUGUGCAGGCCAUCAGGGGCCAUGACAUCACGGUGAAGAGCUACCGGGUGGAGAGCCGCAUCACCUCCCGCUUCGCCCACACCAGCGUCAGGAGCUCCGUGGUCAACUCCGGCCCCCGGGCCCAGAGCAUCGGCUUCAACGUCCAGAUACCAAAGCGGGCCUUCAUCACCAACUUCACCAUGAAUGUGAAUGGCAUCACCUUCAUGGGCUCGGUGAAGGAGAAGACUGUGGCUCGGAACCUCUAUGCUCAGGCCAGGGCCCGCGGGAAAGCAGCCGGCAUUGUCAGGGCUAACUCGCAGGACAUGGAGACGUUUAAGACGGAGGUGCACGUGCCCCCGGGCAGCAAGGUGGAGUUUGAACUGCACUACCAAGAGAUGAUGCAGCGCAAACUGGGAGUCUACCAGCACACACUACACCUACAGCCAGGCAGACUGGUACCACACCUACAGGUAGACGUGUACAUCUUCGAGCCCAAGGGCGUGAGCAUGGUGGAGACCCCCAACACCCUGGGGGAGCACUUCCACGGCCUGACCACGGUGACCAAGACCAAGGACAAGGCGCACGUCACCUUCAAGCCCACCCUGCAGCAGCAGAGGAAGUGCCCCAACUGCACCGAGAGCGCCAUCGACGGCGUCUUCACCGUACGCUACGACGUGGAGAGAGAGAACAACGCCGGAGAACUGCAGGUGUCUGAUGGCCACUUUGUGCAUUUCUUCGCUCCAAAAAACCUGUCUCCACUCUCCAAGAACAUUGUCUUCGUCAUAGACGUCAGUGGAUCCAUGUGGGGGCUCAAGAUGAAACAGACUGUGGAGGCAAUGCAGGCCAUCCUGGAUGACCUGACCAUCGAUGACUACUUCAGCAUCAUAGACUUCAACCAUAACGUCCGCUGUUGGAGUGAUGAGCUGGUCCCUGGUAGCUCCAUCCAGAUCGAAGACGCCAAGAAGUAUGUGCAGAACAUCAAGCCCAAUGGAGGCACCAACAUCAACGAGGCGCUGCAGCGGGCGGUGCAGAUGCUGGUCAAGGCGUCCAAUCAGGGCUUGAUCGACCAGCGCUCCGUCUCCAUGAUCAUCCUGGUGUCUGACGGCGACCCCACCGUGGGUGAGAUAAAGCUGAGCAACAUCCAGAAGAACGUGAAGCGCAUCAUGCGUGAGGAGUUCUCGCUCUUCUCUCUGGGCAUCGGCUUCGAUGUGGACUACGACUUCCUGGAACGCAUCGCCAUGGACAACAGGGGCGUGGCCCAGAGGAUCUACGCCAAUCACGACGCUGCUGACCAGCUCAGAGCAUUCUACAGCCAGGUGUCGUCGCCGCUGCUCCGGCGAAUCACCAUCCAGUUCCCCGAGGGCUCUGUGUCGGACGUGACGCAGAGCAACUUUGAUAAGUUCUUCAGCGGCUCCGAGCUGGUGGUGGCUGGCAAGCUGCAGACCACUGGUUUCCCCACGCUCCACAGCUUCACCACCGCCUCCGCUGCUACAAUGGACUUGACCCUUCAGGCGGAGACAGACAUAGAUGAGCUGGACCCUAUCCUGGACCAGCAGCAGCACUCCGUCACUGGCUUCGCAAGACAGAUGUGGGCCUACAUCACCAUCAACCAGCUACUGGCAGAGAGGGCCCUGGCUCCUAACGCCCAGAAGAAGCGCACCAUCACACAGCGCAUCCUGGGCCUGGCGGUGGAGCACCAGUUCGUCACGCCCCUCACCGCCCUGCUCAUCGAGAGCGAGAACGAGAAGCUGCUCGCCGACUCGCCCAAGGACCCCAAGCACGGCUGCUGCUCAGGGUCCAUAGGCAUGCGUCCGCCAGUGCAGCAGCUGAUCCACACCAUCCCUCCAUGGGCCCAGACCACAAUAAUGCCUACACCCAGCCCAGCCACUGGACACAUCACCGUAGUGGAUAACGACCCCCACUUCAUCAUUCACCUCCCCAAGAGGGAAAUGGACGUCUGCUUCAACAUCGACUCUGACCCAGGCCACAUCCUCAACCUGGUGUCCGACCCUGGCACAGGUGUGGCUAUCAACGGCCAACUGGUGGGUUCUAAAGCACUUCAGAACAACAAGCUGAAGACCUACUUCGGCACCAUCGGUGUGUUCUACAGAACAGAGGGGGUACGGAUCAACGUCAGAACCGACCGCAUUGACCUAAUGGAAGGAAACAAUAAUCACUCCUUCUCCUGGGGAGAUACAGCAGACAUCAUCACCAGUGGGGUUAAGAUCUCCAUAGAGAAGGAUUCGAAGGUGACGGUGGUGGUGGAUGGGCGCAUCUCAGUGAUGGUGCUGCUGCAUCGUGUCUGGAAGAAGCAUCCAAUCAAUGUUGACUUCCUGGGAUUCUACUCGCCCAAUGAGAAUCAGUACUCUGAGCAAGUGCAUGGGCUCAUUGGCCAGUUUUCUAAUGAGCCAGACGUCAAGGUGUUAAACAUGCAUGACAGUCCAGACCCCAAGAAGAAACAGGCUACUAUGGAGGUCAAGGGAAAUAAGCUGUCUGUCACCAGAGGGUGGCAGAAGGACUACAGGGAGGAUAAGAAGAUAGGCACAGAUGUCUACUGCUGGUUCGUCCAUAACAGCGGGAAGGGCUUCAUCGACGGCCAUUACACCAACUACAUCGUGCCCUCAUUGGACAGCUUCCUUUCCACACUCUGAUUAGUUCAGGAAUGCACAAGAACAAGGAUGAUUGGUCCAUUUUAUUUGUCUGUUUGGGCAAGGGACAACCAAUGUUAUCUUGGAUUUGUUUGAAAUACUUUGCUUGAUUAGAGGGUGACUUAGUUAGAUUCUGGACUGGGAAUAAUUACGUUUUUAUUUUUUAACAUCCCACCACUGGUAUUCUGACUUUUGGAUGAGAAGUCCAAAGACUGCAUUGGUAUAAACCUGCUACUUGUUAACCAUUCUUAGGAUAUGCAAAGAAUUGUGGAACUCAAGUGUUCAGAAUGUAACCCCCCCACCCCCCAACCCCAUGCUCGGAGUUCAAAUAUUGUUUUUACAGAUACAAACGUGGUAAUUUGAGUAUGUAGUUGACAUACAGAGCUGGACAUGCACCUCUUUUUAAUUCCAAUGAAAGCAUUUAGUUAAAACCGUGCAGUCUCUUUCUUGGAUGAAAGAGUUACCUCUCCCUGUUGCCAUACCACUGUUUUUAUUUUACAUGACACUUAACCUAGUUUCUCCACUGACUUCCUUGCCCUCAGAUCAUGGGUGCUACAGUAUGUGCUUCCAACUCGUGCACAAAGCGUCACGGAUUGAAAUUUAAAAAUGUAAAAAAAGAGAAUUGUACGUGAUGAAACUAUUAGUCAAGACUAGAACUUACUACUAACACUAACACGAUGAGAACAAUAAUUUGUUUGUUUGAACAGUUUGAUGUAUUCAUGUUAAAAAUGAAAAUGCACUUGCAAUUAUACGAAUGCUGUACAGUGUGCUGCUAAUUGACAGAAAAAAAGGUAAAAGUAACACAAAAGGGCAUUUCUUUGUUUAGCUGUUCAACAUGACAUGUCAUUUUAUUUGUGGAGUCAUUUUUUUCCUUUUCAAAUUUACAGUAUACAAAAUAAACAGAAGGAGGAAAAACAUAACGUAAAA